UGAGAGAGAGAGAGGUAGAAACAAGAGGAGAGAGGAGCUGGCUGGGAAACAACAGUUGAACAACAAAUCCAGUGUUGCAUGCAGCCUCUCCGGAUACCUCUGCUGUCUUUCUGCUGCCGGUCACUGAAGACUCUGAUGGAUUAAGGCAGCGGGGGAUGGAGCAGCCUGCCCAAGAAACCCUCCUACUACCUAAAGCUUGCUGAAUUUGAACCUACAGUGAGCUGACAGGAACAAAGCAGAGUCAAAGACAAUCUCCUUUUGUGCAGCCUUGUGACAGAACAGACUCUGUAAGGAGGAGGAAGAAAAGCAACUACGUUACACGUUGGACAUCCCGUGAGGAUCAAGAGCCUCAGGGUGGCCCGAUCAUGAAACCUUCCACCUCUGGUCUUCUGCUGGUUCUAAUGUGCUGCCCCCUCCUGGGCUUGGUCCAUUCUGCCAGCAGCAGCAACAAGGCCAGCGAUAACGGACACGCACACCUGGGAGAUGCUGACCCAGACCGCUGCAUGAGGCAUCACUUUGUGGAGACCAUCACACACCCAAUUUAUAAAUGCAACUCCAAGAUGGUGUUGCUGGCGCGCUGCGAGGGCCACUGCAGCCACACGACCCGCUCCGACCCCCUCAUCUCAUUCAGCUCAGUGCUCAAACAGCCCUUCAAGAGCACCUGCUCCUGCUGCCGGCCGCACACCUCCAAGCUGAAGGCGGUGAGGCUGCGCUGCACUGGCGGGACUCGCAUUACGGCCACUUACAGAUACAUCCUCGCCUGCAACUGCGAGGAGUGCAGCUGAGCAGACAGCAGUACCCUCCCAGACCCUCAAGACUCUCAAGAGCCGGCAGUUUUCUUGGCCACAGACCUUCCUCUCAAGCUGUCCAAAGCAUUUUGGUUGAUUAUUGGAUCAGAAAACGGCCCCAGAGAUACUGGUUGUUAACUUGUGAGUGAUAGUUUGGAGCAGUCAGAUCAGCCUCACGUGGGCCUUAAAAUUGACCUACAGCCCUUGGGACUCAGACAGAACAUACUAUACCCUUUCUAUUAUGUGCAUUCAAUCAGUACAAACAAUGCAAAGCAUAUUUCUUCAGCUCACAAGGCCAGACACCACAAACUGCAGCUCCCAGGAGCCCGCUGGAGACCCUCCUCGCUGCAGAGACACACUGCACUCAUUAUAAGCCUCCGUAAUUCAUAACACACACGCUCAAGAACCACAGAAUGAGAGCUCAUUGCAAAUAUCUGUAACAGCCUUCUCCCUGCUCCAUAAAAAAAGGGGAAAAAAAAAAAAAGAAGCGUUUGACGACUAAACAAAAUGCCUCGUUAAAAAGCAGCAUGGGAAAGGACAAGCGGGUCCGCGUGAGCCCUGACAUGUGCUGGAUCUACAGUGGAGCACCUGCGCCGUGCUUACUCACCCAGUAACAUUUUACACACUCCCUGCAGACUUUCAUCUAGCUGUGUAAAACAUGACUGAUGCUGACAGGAGAGCUCAUCGAAUGAACAGUAGAAAAAAAAAAAGAAGAAAAAAAAGAGUAGCGUAAGAGGAGCCCAGAGGAUGCAAGAAGACCACUGAUGAAGGUUUUAGCAGCCUCUGGGUCAGCGGCGUGGACUGUCAAUAGACUGCCAAGGGUAUCAGUGCUCAUUUAAAGUAUAACCUGUUCUACUUGGAUCUUUGUGAUGUUCAUGUUGACGUUAUUGUAACUGCCGCUACUAUCACGCCGGAUUGAUUAAACUUGCCGCUAUUGCCUGUAACGUAUUGUUAGUAAUGACAUGUCCUGUGUCCAACAUGAUGAAUACAGAACUUCACACUCA